GUAUAAUACUAUAAUAUUAUCCUUCUCAGUUCUCAUAACUCAAUAAUUGGAACGAAUUUCUAGCAAUGUUUUCCUUGACCCACAGGUCGCACUCAGUGUUGGAUCGAAAUGUCGCCUUGGCAAUGGAAACUGUACAUAAGCAUAGUGGCGACGACGGUGUUCGUCGUGCCGGCAAUAGUCAUCAGCGGAUGUUACGCCAUUAUCGUGUACACGAUUUGGUCCAAAAGCAAACUCCUGUCACCGGCCAAAAAUAACACGCUACAACGCGGCACCAAAAAGCCCGAAGAGCACGACAUCAGGAGGUCUAGUUCACGGGGCAUCAUACCGAAAGCGAAAAUCAAGACCGUAAAAAUGACAUUCGUUAUUGUGUUUGUGUUCAUCCUGUGCUGGAGCCCGUACAUAGUGUUCGACCUGCUACAAGUGUACGGCUACAUACCGAAAACGCAAUCGAGCGUGGCCCUAGCAACGUUCAUACAGAGCCUGGCGCCGCUGAAUUCCGCCGCCAACCCCAUCAUAUACUGCUUGUUCUCCACUCACAUUUGCAGAUCUCUCAGGCAAGUGCCGCCGUUCAGAUGGUUGUUGUGUUGCCGGAACGGAACACAAGAGCAACUGAGCUACACGGAAACACUAACAUCGUCUAAUCGACAGGUGAACACGUCUCUGCUGAGGAACGCCACCGUGCACGUGCACUCGGUGGUCAGGGCUCCUGUGUUAGACCGCAUGGGCAUAUCCACAGAGAAGAACAGCUACGCCGAUUCGCUGCUUUAAGAAGGCCGGCACUCCAUGCACCCCACGACGUAUUACUAUUAUUAUUAUUAUAAUGAUUGAUAAUAUUAUAUUAUAUGAGUACAUUAUAAGAACAUAUUAUUAUUAUUAUUAAUAUUCUGUCCCCCGUCCCUUUGUGCAACCGCGUUAUUAUUAUAUAAACUAUACAGCCAUUAUAAUAUUAUAAUAUACAUUUCUAUAAUUAUUAAAACAUUAUUACAUUAUUAUUAUUACUACAAUAAUUACUAUUACUACCUAUUAUUAUUAUUACUAUUAUAAAUAUUAAUUAUAACUAUACGACCAUAAACGUUAAGUUAUAUUCUGUCGACUGACUUCGUCCCUAAAAAUACAAUAUUAUUAUGUGUACAAACCUUCGAUAUAUAUAAUUAUUAAUAUUAUGUAUUCCUUAAUGUUGCCUGGAUUCCUAUUCGUACUUACGUCUUUAAUCAAUAUUAUGUAAAUACUUUUUGUUUUAAAGCAUCGUUAAUAAAAUACAAUAGCUUAAUAACCACUUAA